AUGUUUUCAUUCUCAAAAGUAACUUCUUUCUUCGACUACUCAAACAUCAAUUGCUCCAUCAAAUCCUUCGACAAUUACUGGAAUAGAAAGACUAGCAACAGCGAUGAAAACAGAAACGAUAAAGUAUUUGCUACUGAAGUAUACCCGUCAGUUUUCCUGCCUUCGUCACAAUCAUCUUCAAUAUAUGGUACAAUACGUAUCAAAUCUGGUCUCUCAUCAAAAAGUAGGAAGCAUUUAAACGAACGACCGCAUUUAGUUUACAUCUCUAGUGAUUUUAAUAAAUAUCCAUCGGAAGAGAAUAAUGAAUUCAAUUUACCUAGCAAUUUCAUUCAGAAAAAAAUACUUCAUCAGGAAAAUUCUGCCAUAAAGCGUCGGUCGAUGAUAUUGGAUACAAUCAAUGAAGAUCUUGCUCAUGAAGGAAAGGAUGCAUCUAAACGCAACGGUGGCUCUCAGAAACUAAAAGCUCGCUCGUAUACUAAUAUUUACAUGUUGCAAAAGCAGCAUGAAGAACUAUCUCGUCGUGAGGAAACGGAAGAAUUAUAA